AUGUCAGAUAUACUUCAUAAGCUAAAUUUCAAAGUAGCAGAUGCAUCAUCUGAAUACAAAACCAGACGCAAAUACCAAAUGAUACGAUUCUUUACAUUCUCGGCUUUAUCAAUCUUUACAUUACGUCUUAUCCACAAACAAACAAUAAUUCGUCAAUACAUCCCCACAUUAUUCCAACAAAAUCAUCAACCGCCAACAUCAUACAAUUUUACCACUGAUGCUGCCGUUGCAGUUGGUGCUGGAACUUUGGCUUGUGGGUCAAUUACGGGGAUGUUUGUGAUGGGCACUGCUUGGAUUUUGGAUGUGAGUAGUUUUAAAGAGUUUGGGUAUAGAAUGAAAGGGUUAAUGGGAGGAUAUGAGAAAGAAAAGGCAUUGAGUGAGAUGGAAGUUGACGAGGAAACGAAGAUGUUGCAGGAUGGGUUGAAUGAUUUGCUUGAUGGGAAGUAUGAUGAGAACGGCGAGGAAGAAAAGUGA